ACACUAACAACCCGUGCUACCGGACUCCGGAUACAGUAUUAUAGACCUAUCUUUUACGACAACCAAAAACGACACACCAAACUAUUAUUUUUAUUUUAUAUUUUCGAGAGACAAGCUAGACUUAUUGUAUCAACUGUUUUCAUUGGACAAGAUGGAUGAUAGCCCUGUCAUAGAUAAAGAUGAUGAAGGUUUUGCUGACUGUGACAGUCCGGAAGAUGAUACCAUGGAAACCAAUCUUGCUGCUGAGGGAGAUGAUGAAGUAUUGAAUGGUCCACGAGCGACCGUGUAUUACCGUGUGCCAAUAUCUCCAACAGAGAAGGAACAACAAGGUGUAGACAUAUCUAAAGAGGAAAUUGAGGAGAUGAAAAAAAGUGAACCAUAUCAGAAAAAAAUAUCUACAUGUCAUUUAUGUAAACAAUGUUGGUUUGAGAACCGGUUUUCUAAACAUUGCCCGGAAUGUGGCGGAUACAGUCUGCAGCGACCUUGUGUUGUUUGUUCCGGUCAAUGUGAUCAAAUGUGGAGGAGGAAUAUUGCCAAGACACACACAUUCCACAAAGCUCACUGGGAAGGCCGUUGUGAUUUACCUUUAGAUAUUCAGCAGGCUUUAAUGCAGCAGUCGGAGACAAGUGAGAGUGAGAGAACUAUAUCUGACGGCCUGCAGUGUCUCUCUACAACAUAAUUACAUACACCAGUACAAUAAUGUGAUCUUAUUUAAUGAAAUGAACAUUCCUCAUGGUCGAAGAGUGAGAGGAAAUUUUGUUUAUCUCUGUUAAGGUCUGAAAUAGAAUACUGUUUGUUUGCCGUUUCGGACCAACUUGCCCAAAAAUGGGCUUUGUUUGUGAAUUCUUGUUUUGUUUCUAUGCGAAGAUAAUUUAAAAAAAGAACUUUAAAAGUAAAACUUUUGUUUGUAUUAGUAAUACCAUUAAAAAUAGACAUUCAAAUUGAAAUUCAGUAGUAAAAUCAAAAUUGUAUUUGUGUAUGUAUUUUCCAGCAUUAAGAUAGUGAUAUUUUAGAUUAUAUUUGAGUACUGGCUUUCAUAUUAUACAUAAUGUCUGACAGAAAAAAGAGAAGAAAAAUUUACCUACCAACCUAAAUCCAAAAAAUAUAAGUUUGAAAUGGCAAACAAACAUUUCUUUAAUGGUUGCCUAAUGUUUAGGAAAAUAUGUUACAAAAUGGAAAAAUGGUCUGCUGUGCAGAAUGUUAUAAAUAGGAUAGGGCUGUAUGUACGGAGAUGUGAAUUAUGAAUUAUAUUCUGCUUCAUGGUUUAUAAUAAUGUGUUGUUGAAUUUUUGUUUAAACUUGAAUAUAGGGUAUUAGUACCGUUAGAACCACUGUUCAUUGUCUACAGGCAUGGUUUUGAUAAAUAAUUAAUAUAUGGUUUUUACAAUGUCCAUAAGGUUGGUCAAUGAGUCCGGUUUUGUUUAACAAAAAAUACAUGCUUUUUGUGGUUUUCACAUGUGUAUCAGCCUGGUUUUUGUGUCUAGAUAUAUAUGGUUCUUUCACUGUUAUGUGUGGCUAUUUGCCUGGUUUUGUUCCAGAAAUAUAUGGUGAAUGCAUUGUUCAUUUGUCAACCAGCCUGGUUUUGUUAAACAAUAAAUAUAUGGCCAUGUGUUUGUCAGCAAGGUUUGCUUGUUGAAACGUUGAAAACUUGGACUAAAUUGACAUAUCUCAUUUUUUGCGUUUAAAUAUUUCUUUGAAUUGAAGAUAGUACGAAAAAGAUAUCCUAUUCAAUUUUCAUGCAGUAACUUCUUCUGACAAAUUUCUAUAUUCAUGUUUGCUUGUUUUUCUGGAUAUUUUUACACCAAUUUAACACAUUUUUGGCCAUAUGCCUGCGGGUGAUUCAUCUAACUGGCUUUCCAGAAUAACUAACCAGUAAUUAACUCAUUAUCAAUUUCUUCUCAUGUGACCAGCUACAUGUGUAGGUGGAAAUAUUCUCUUUUUUUAUGCUCCCCGAAAAAUUUCGGGGGAGCAUAUAGUCGGCGCCUUGUCCGUCUGUCCGUCUGUCCGUCCGUCCGUCUGUCCGUCCGUUGUCUUGUCCGGAGCAUAACUUGAAAACCCUUGGAGAUAAUUUGUUGAAACUUCAUACAGUGGUAGAGGGCAUCGAGGGGGAGUGCAGUGUCAAAGAACCAUAACUCUAUUUUGCCUGGUUUUUGAAUUAUCUCCCCUUAUAGAAAAAUCUUGUCCGGGGCAUAACUCUAAAACUAUAAGAGAUAUCAACAUGAAACAUUGUAGGUAGAUAGAUCUCAUUGAGUAGAGGUGCAGUGUCAAAGAACCAUAACUCUGUUAAGCCUUAUUUUUGAAUAAUCUCCCCUUUUAGAAAAAUCUUGUCCAGGACAUAGCUGUAAAACUAUAAGAGAUAUCAACAUGAAACUUUGUAGGUAGAUAAAUCUCAAUGGGUAGAUGUGCAGUGCACAAGAAUCAUAACUCUACCUUGCCUAAUUCUGGAGUUAUUGCCCUUUGUUUAUUUUUACUUUUUGAAUUGUCCAGGACAUAACUCGGAAAUCAUAAGAGAUAUCAUCAAGAAACUUUGUAGGUUGAUAGAUCACAUUGAUUACAAGUGCAGUGCAAAGAACUGUAACUCUGCCUUGCCUAAUUUUGGAAUUAUUGCACAUUGAACUUUUUCCACGGACAUAACUCUGAAACUACAAGAGGUGUACUUUCCUGUGUCCAAAACCUAUUCGGGGAGCAUCACCCGGCUCAAACCGGGCUCUUGUUUUUUU